AUGCAAAAGGUCUUCAUCGUAAUAACAUUUAUAUGUUUUAGCCUUGCUACGGCUGCGCCAUAUUGGGAUGAACAAUUUCCUCCAGGCGGUGGCGAUCAUUUUCCAUCAGACGGUGACGAUCAUGUUCCAUCUGACGGUGGCGAUCAUUUUCCAUCGGGCGGUAACACCAAUAUGUGGGCAUCAAAAUUGUGUGCCAAUAUCAGUUUGGCUGAAGAAUUUCUUAGCAACAUUCAAGCGGUUAUUACACAAUUGAACUUGAAUGAAUCAUUUGCACAAUUUCUUCAACAAAAAGUACAAGAAGUAGCCUAUAUUGAAAAUAGUACCAAUGUAGCUCUUCUCUCAUCGAACUGUACGCAAUAUUUCAAUGGUCUUACAACUGCACAAAAUGCUGACAUGGAAGCAAAACGUCAACAACAGGAAUAUGAAAACAUUGGUACUCGUCUCCUCCAACAAAUCAUCCCAACUAUUUUUGGCUAUGGUAUUGCACACUACUAG